GAGAAGCGAUCGCGAGAAAAAAAAUGCAACCUCCCAAAAUAAAGAGCAAAGAUUGCAUUAGGAGCGAACAGCGCUGCAGAUAUAGAUGGCAGCUUCGUGUCAGUGAGUUUGCGUCCCCCUUCCUCAUCCACGAGCUGGAGUGAUUAGAGCCCUGGAAGGGAAUUGUUACUCCCGUGAAGUCCCCUUUUCCUGGCAGUCAUCUGCACUGUACACGCUGGAUCCCUCUCUCCAUCCACCCCACGCACUCUCUCCUCUCCCAUCUCCUCUCUCCCUCUCUCCUGCAUUGAUUUUUUUUUUUCUCCUUUUUUUAGUUGACUGAAACAAAACAAAACAAAAGGGCCACUGGAUGUCUGCCUUCCUGGGGGGUGAGCCAGACAGACUGACAAACAAACAGACCCAACUGAGCUCGGGGGAGGGUUUCUCCUCCCGUUUUGCCCGGCAGCAGCAGCAUGGACGUGUUGGCUAGUUAUAGUAUAUUCCAGGAGCUACAACUUGUCCACGACACCGGCUACUUCUCAGCUUUGCCAUCCCUGGAGGAGACCUGGCAGCAGACAUGCCUUGAGUUGGAACGCUACCUCCAGACAGAACCCCGGAGGAUCUCGGAGACCUUUGGUGAAGACUUGGACUGUUUCCUCCAUGCCUCUCCUCCCCCGUGCAUCGAGGAAAGCUUCCGGCGCUUAGACCCUCUGCUGCUCCCAGUGGAAGCCACCAUCUGUGAGAAGAGCUCUGCAGUGGACAUUUUGCUCUCUCGGGACAAGUUGCUAUCUGAGACCUGCCUCAGUCUCCAGCCAACCAGCUCUUCUCUAGAUAGCUACACAGCCGUCAACCAGGCCCAGCUCAACGCAGUGACCUCAUUAACGCCCCCCUCAUCCCCUGAGCUCAGCCGCCAUCUGGUCAAAACCUCACAGACUCUUUCAGCCGUGGAUGGCACGGUGACGUUGAAACUGGUGGCCAAGAAGGCUGCCCUCAGCUCAGUGAAGGUGGGAGGGGUGGCAGCAGCAGCAGCAGCCGUGACGCCAGCUGGGGCAGUUAAGAGUGGACAGAGCGACAGUGAACAAGGAGGGGUUGUGGCUGACACGUGCCCCGAAAACAAGAAGAGGGUCCACCGCUGUCAGUUUAACGGGUGCCGGAAAGUUUAUACAAAAAGCUCCCACUUAAAGGCCCACCAGAGGACUCACACAGGUGAGAAGCCUUACAAGUGCUCAUGGGAAGGAUGCGAGUGGCGUUUUGCACGGAGCGAUGAGCUCACAAGGCACUACAGGAAACACACAGGUGCAAAGCCCUUUAAAUGCAACCACUGCGACAGGUGUUUCUCCAGGUCUGACCAUCUUGCCCUCCAUAUGAAGAGACAUAUCUAAAAAAAAAACCUAAAGGCCAGAGUUGGCCGUGGCAUCGGCCAUUGUCCGAAGGAAAUGCCGUAAGGCAGAGGGCUGGACUUCAGACGAGGAACACUGCCUCGCAGAAGAAAGUUCUCGCUUACAAACCUCUGUGUACACACAUGUACACUCACACGUACACACACCCUCUCACACACAGACCCACACACAUACCCACUGUCAUGCACUCAACUAUAUUUAAAAUAUAUACAUCUAUUCCUUAUGCCUUCCCUAGCCAGAUGGUAGAAGAAGACAAAGAAGAAGGAAGCCAGGUGAACUCAGCAAGGCACGCUGGCUGCUGACUUCAGUCCUAUUGGAAUUACUUCCUGCUGUUGCCAAUGGAAAUCCAAGCAAAUGGAUGUGAUGUCUCCACAGUGGACGGCAGUACGAGGGGCUCACCUAACUUGCUUCUCAGUGCAACUUGAUAGGAUAAUACAACAUCUUACAGUUGCAUAUGCGUAGCACUAAUGUUUCUUUCUAAAUGGUUGGGGGAAAACAACCUAGAAAACCAAAUUGCAGUUUGGUAGCCAAAAUUAACUCCUGGUUUAUUUGUCCUUUGUGUGUGAAAAGUCCUACUAUUCCCGUGCGUCAGACUUCCUCACAGAACUGUCGGUUGGUUUUGGUUCUUUCUAGUACCAUUGAGAUCUUUCGAGUUGAUAAACGGCCUUAGUGGCGGCAGACUCUGGAUUCACACCUUACACCUUUCUGGCCUGCGUCUCUCUAGACUUCACCCUCAAGGGAGGAGUUUUCUUUUCUUACUUUUUUGACUCUCGCACAUCAUAUGCACUAGGGAUUCUGGAAACUUCUAGCAUGACUGCAAAGUGGCCAAGAGAAUAAAGUCCUUGAUGAUAAAUCACAGUAUAUCCCUUGAGCCUCACCUUAUUGCCAGUGCUAGAUUUUUUCUUUUUAAAAUCUCUCUGUUUUUUGCUAAUGAAAACUUGAAAAAGCUUAUUUGGAAGCUUAAAUGUUUUAUCUUUUCUCCAUGGACUAAACCUCUCCAGGACUCUCUCGGCACCUGGAUGUCCAGCUCUCGAACCAGCCAAUCAGACGGGACAUCACAGUUCUCUCAUCCUCCCUGAGGCAUGAUGACCUCAGCUCGUAGUGAGCAGCCACUGUCAUUGCUACCCUAUAACCAGUUACAGCGUAGAUGUUGCUAGUCUCAAAGGGCAGCUGCGUAUUUAAUCUAACUCUGGGUUAUGACCUGACAAAAAGCCAAAAAUAUCACUCUUUCCAGGAGUGGGGAAAUCUGAGGAUGCCUCCCAAGUCUAGAGGCUUCACAAAACAUCACCCUGCCCUUCCCUCUCAUACCCACUGAACUCAUGUUACCCACUUGUUAAAAUACACAGUUCAGAGCACCACAGUGGGAAUGACCAUUAAGGAAGGGGUGACGGUAUCUCUCUUGUGAUGUGUCUAGGGUUAUUUUUUAUUUGAUUUUUUUUUUUUUGGCUAGGCCCACCAUGACUCGUGACCUAGAGCACCCAGGAUCAGCAGAGGUCUCACGUUUACUCUGCAAGUUGACUCCAAGGGGGUUACAUUGCUCACUUGUCAUCCCACACACACGUCCAAUGUUGGUCUUUAUCUUCCCACAUUCUUAGCUAGCUGGCACUGGCCUCAACUCCAAAGACUGCCUUUAGGACCAUUAAAUGGCCUAUGCAAGCAAGCGGGGUGGUUAUUAAGACAGAUUGUAUAUUUUGUAUAUUCUGGGACCAUCCCUUCAAGACACACGUCUAACAAACAAAAAUGGCAUUUGGUCCACACAUGGUUGCUGCUCCUUCAUUCCAGCUGGCUCCCUCCUGCCCUCCUUUGACUGUUUGACUCACUGACUGUUAAAAUGCCACCCCAGACAUAUUUGGGAUGCAAAACUGAAGUCUUUUCAAGGAAAUAAUAAUGUAAGCAACACAAACACAUAUACGACAGCAAUCUUCGAGAUCCUUGGUACUUGGGUUCUCAGCUUUCUGCAACUUUUGUUUUCACUGAAAUGUUGAAACUACUCGUCUGAGGGUAAAGGUACCUGUGUCACAAAUGCUGUAGCUGCCAGUGGACACUUGAGGUGUUUCGAGGUCUGGCCCUUCUUUUUUCUUUCACAAUUUUUCAAUUUAGACCAAAAAA